ACGUCUCAUCACCAAACAUAUAUUUCUGAAAAAUGGUUUCUCACGAAACCUUACUCAUCCUAGGCCUCUUGGCCAUGGCUUCUCUCAUACCCUCUCAUGCGACUGCUAGGAACCUUGCUCAGACUCCCUCAAUGUCCUCUACAAAGGACAAAAACCACAUCGAUGAUAUCAAAUAUGGAGGUCCAGGUGAUUAUGAAGGUGGUCAUGGAGGUAAUAGAUCUAGUAGUGGAUCUAGUGAUUAUGGAGGUAACCAUAAAGGUGAUAAACCAGACGAAAGACACGGGAAAUAUGGAGGAAACCAUGGAGGUAAUAAAUCUGGCGGUGGACCUGGUGAUUAUGGAGGCAACCAUGGAAGCGAUAAACCAGGCAAUGAACACGGUGAUUAUGGAGGCAACCAUGGAGGUAAUAGACCUGGCGGUGGACCUAGUGAUUAUGGAGGUGAUCAUGGAAGUGAUAAACCCGACAGAGAACACGGUGAUUAUGGAGGCAACCAUGGAGGUAAUAGACCUGGUGGUGGAUCUGGUGAUUAUGGAAGCAACCAUGGAAGUGAUAAACCAGGCAAUGAACACGAUGAUUAUGGAGGCAACCAUGGAGGUAAUAGACCUGACGGUGGAAAUAGUGAUUAUGGAGGCAACCAUGGAAGUGAUAAAUCCGGCAAAGAACACGGUGAUUAUGGAGGCAACCAUGGAGGUAAUAAACAUGGCAAUGGACCUGGUGAUUAUGGAGGCGACCAUGGAAGUGAUAAACCAGGUAAUGAACAUGGUGAUUAUGGAGGCAACCAUGGAGGUAAUAGACCUGGCGGUGGACCUAGUGAUUAUGGAGGUGAUCAUGGAAGUGAUAAACCCGACAAAGAACACAAUGAUUAUGGAGGAAACCAUGGAGGUGAUAAACCAGAUGGAGGACCCAAUCAUUAUGGACACAACCAUGAAGGUGAUAAACCAGGCGAAGGACAUGAUGAUUAUGGAGGCAACCACAGAGGUUAUAGACCUGGUGGUGGACCCAAUAACUAUGGAGGCGAUCAUGGAGGUGAUAAACUAGGUGAAGGACACAAUGAUUUUGGAGGGAACCAUGGAGGUUAUAGACCUGGCGGUGGACACAAUGAUUAUGGAGGCAACCAUGGAGGUGAUAAACCAAACGAAGGACCAGGUGAUUAUAGAGGCAACCACGGAGCUGAUAAACCAGGCGGAGGACCCGGUAAUUAUGAAGGCAACCAUGGAGGUGAUAAACCUGGCAAUGGACCCAGUGAUUAUGGAGGCAACCAUGAAGGUGAUAAACCAGGUGAAGGACAUGAUGAUUAUGGAGGCAACCAUGGAGGUAAUAAACCAGGCGGAGGAUCAGGUGAUUAUGGAGGUGACCACAAAGGCAACCAUGGAGGUGAUAAACUAGGGGGUGGACCCGGUGAUUAUGGAGGCGAUCAUAGAAGUGAUAAACCUGGAGGUGGUGGUGGAGUCGGUGACUAUGGACACAACCAUGGAGGUAAUAAACCAGACAAUGGACCCAAUGGAAGCGACCAUCAAGGUGAUAAACCUGGUGGUGGACCCAGUGAUUACAGAGGCAACCAUGGAGGUGGUAAAUCUCGUGGAGGUGAAUCAAGAGAUGGUGGACUCGGUAAUUGUGGAGGUGGACAUGGAAAUGGUGUUUGUGGAGACAACCUUGUUGAUGGUUAUAACGAUGAAGCUCCUUGAGAUUACUAUGACAAGCCUAGUGGUAAAUAAAAUGGAAAGCCUCGUGGAUUUGACAUUAAGAAUUAUCUUAAAGACCAUAAUUAGAUAAUUUAUGAACAAGUUAUGUUAACUCCUAAAGAGUAUGUUGUCAUCUUAUAUGAACACAAAGUAGUGGAAUGUUAUCCACUUAAUAGAACUUUAUUUAACCUAAAUAAUAUUAUUUAUUAUAUA